AUGUCGAGAACGUCUAGAUUUGUGGCAGCAUGCAAAAACUGCUCUGUGUGUAAUGCAUUGGACACUAGAGGAGUCAAUAGAAGGGCAAAUGCAAAGAAAAGGAAAAAGUGCGCAAAGGUGGCAAAAGCGGCAAAAGGCAAUACUUGCAAAGAUUGCAAUGCUAGUUUUGCUACCAAGCAAUCGUUGAAAGCUCACAUCAAGCUUCACGACCCAAACCGAGAAACAUUUCCAUGUGACAAAUGUUCGAAAAUCUUUAACACUCGCGGUAACCUGAAAUAUCAUUAUAAGCAGUAUUUCAAGUCUAAACAGGAGUUCAAUGCUGCCUGGAUAAAGUUGAAUAAUAGAGUCCCACGACAAGCUUUAAGACCGAAAAAUACUGUUGCCACAAGCUCCCAAGGAAUCAAUGUUGAUGAUAGAAGCGGAGAAGAUUCUGAUGAUCAAGAAAGCGUCAGUGGAACUGAAGAGAAUGAAGAUGAAUUCAAAGAGGAUGCCGAUGAUAUUGAAAUGGAAAUUGCGACGGUUGAGUUGAACGAUGGAGAAGACGAGGAUCAGUUUGAAGAUGAAGAUAAUAAUGAUGUGAAUGGAAACGUGGACAUGGAUCGUUUUCAAGAUAUUGAUGGCAACUAUAUUGAUGAGUUCCCACCACCAGAAGAUAUCACACAUCAAGACAGGAACAUCGAAGAACUUCACUAUAGUGAUAUGGAGUACAUCGGAGAGGAUAAUGAUACUGUUGAAGUCCCUAUGAGAAUUGAAUAUGAAGAAAAUGACCAGAAUCACAACGAAGGCGUUCCUCAAGAUAUAGAGUUCGAACAAGAAACUUUGCACCCUGUCCACUCCCUCGAAUUUACUGAAGUCAGUACAGUCACUUGGUUUCCUCGAGAAACUGAAGCACAAGUACCCCAUACUUCUAAUAAGACAGGAUUCGAGAAUUUGAAAGCUUUGUGUCUCCUAAUGAAAGAGGACCGUCGUUUGAGAAAUAUGGACAUAGAGACAACUAGACGUGAACAAUCAGCAAGUGCAAUUGAUCAAAUGGUUGAGAAAUCAACCAGCCGUUUGGUGAGCUCCAUUUCAAACUUGUUUCCACCUGAAAUGAAAGCAGAGUGCUCAGAAGUUUGUCGGAAAAUCAGAGGAUAUUUUCAACAAAGUAGCUCGGAUUUUAUGGAACUGUUCGAGAAUUUUAUGAAGAAAAUGAUCUCGAACGACGUCAAUAUGGAAUCAAUCCAAUUCGUGGAGCAAUUGGAAGAGAAAUGCAGAAUUCAUUCACCGCGGAAAAGAGGAGCAGAAAUCAUCCACAUGUAUAAAAAAGUGGCUCUCAGGAGAUCCGGUUCCUUCAAGGAGAUCAUAGAGACCGCCUACAUGCCAACGCUCAAUUCGACUAUGUGCCAUUGCGGUUUAGAGGUUUACAAUAAGAAAGUUGUAACCCCACAAGGAUUAUAUUUUGUUAUACUUUUGGACGCCUGGAGCCCCACACAUCGGAUUGUGGACCUCACUUCGAAUUCGUUUGUGGACAUGUUUGGUUCGAAAUGGAGAGUGCAUUCAUUCGUCGAACGCAUCCCACACCCAAUGAACACAACAGAAGAAAGUGUCUAUGUAACUUGGAAUCAAACUCCUAGAAAAUGGACUUCGAUCGAUGUGAAGUUUGUGGCACCAAUGGAAAAACAAACAAUUUUCUUCAAGGAGCAUGAAGUGAAGGCAUUGGUUUUCAAAAAAGUUCGAGUAGAAUUUUGA